AAAUUGCUUUUACGGACAAAGUAGGAACUCUCAAACGACUAACGAUUCUCAAAUGAUUUGCAUAAAAAGUAAAAAAAAAGAAAAUGAGGGGGCUAACCUCACGGAGGUCCUUAACAGUAGUUAAAAUCGCCCUAUUUUAGCCCCUUUCUUAAUCUAUGGGUUUUGUGUAUUGUCUAUUUGUCAAAUUGAGUAUGUUGUUGAUGUUGAAUUACAAAUUAAUUAUUUAUAUCGAAAUGCAAUUUGUUUGAAGGAAAAGUAUGCUGAGUAAAGCGUGAAGAAUUACAUUCCGUUUACAAAAUGACCAAAGUUGAUAAAUAUUGUCGGUUGUGCGCCGAACCAACUGAACAUUUAAUUUAUGCUGACGAAGAAGCAGCUCUUAAUUCAAAGAUUGCAAAGAAGAUGCUGUGGAUUAAUAUCGACGUUUCUCCUUCAAAUAUGCUCCCUAAAAGUAUAUGCUAUUCAUGUUUUGAUCAAUUAGAAAGGACUUGGAUUUUCCUCAAGAAUGUCCGAGAGGCGCAGGAAAAAUUGUAUCUAUUAUUUCCUACCAUCAAUGUACACAAAGCUAAAUCAGGAAAGCAGUCAUCCGAAGUGGCAAACCCAGUUGAUAUGAAUUGGGAUGAUUUUCAGGAUGUUAAAGUUGAUAUAAAAGAUGAAGACAUCAUCACUGUGAUCAGUACAAAUAAAUUUAUUGAAGGUCUAGAGAAUUUAAAAAGAGAACAGUGUCCUGAAAACGACCAGGAUUUUGUGACUGAAGACAAUGGAUUCAGCAGUAGUACAGAUAGUGAUGAGCCCUCUCUUGUCACAGUCAAAAAGAAUAAAAGUAAAAAGCGAGUGUCACAACAGGAGGAUGAUAAAAUAUACAUAGAACCCGUUGACAUUGCUGACCUGGAUGUGACAUGGGAGGAGGAGGCUUGCCGCUGUGCCCACUGCGAUGCUCAGUGCAAGAACAUCUCAUUGUUAAGGUUACACUCCCAGCAUAUACAUAAUAGCUGUUGUGUUUUUAAAUGUGUCAGCUGUGGUAAGGUUGUUUCCAAUUUUAAAUCAUUUGUCAAACAUUUGCGACUGCACAAGCAUAUGCUUAAUUAUUGCUGUGAGUUCUGUGACAAAAAGUUUACAAUGACUAAAUUCAUUAAAAGACACAAACAUGUCGAGCAUGGCGGUGGGAACUUAACUUGUUGCAGGAAAUGUGGCACGAGUUUUGACACGGUGGAGCAGUUGCAUGACCACUUAGAGAAAUACAGCAAAAGCAUUAAGAAAAUGUUUAGGAAAGCCGUUGAUAAAACGGAUGAACAAGACUUGAAGUGCAACCUUUGCCACAAGGAAUUCAAAAAGCGUACCCAUUUGAAUCAGCACAAGCUGGUCCACACAGACCGCAGCAGAGACUUCUCCUGCCACAUCUGUGGCAAAAUGUUCUUCAUGAAGGGAACAUUGAGCACCCACAUACUGACACAUGAAAACGUCAAACCUUACAAGUGUGAAUUUUGUCCGAUGGCAUUUAAAGCAAAAGGAAACCUCCAAUCCCACAUCACAUUGCAUUCCGGAACAAAGCCAUUUGUCUGCGAGCAGUGCGGGAAGAGCUUUAGAGUCAAAAGGCAUCUGAAAUCACAUUCCAUAAUACAUACAGACUUAAUGCCUUACAAAUGUGAAUAUUGUGACAAAACUUUUAGAUUUAAAACCCGUCUUAACUUACACCUGCGACAGCAUACAGGUGCUAAACCUUACAAUUGUCCUCAAUGUCAAAGAGACUUUACAAAUGGCUCUAACUACAAGAAGCAUAUGAAACGAAGGCAUAAUAUUGACACAACAUCAAUAUGGAAAAAGUAUAUCAGUGCAAAUACAGCAACGGAAGAAAGCAAAGAUACUGUUGCUGGCCAGACAUGAUAUAGUUGACAUCUACUUUAAAUGUAUUUAUGAAGAUAAAAUAAGGUUGUAAUUAAUGAAAAAAAGGUUAGAGUGCAAUGGGUACAGAAGGUCAACAUUAUCACUAGCAGGGCCGGUUCUAGCAAUAUGGACGCCCUGAGCGAGAUGUUUAGGGCGCCAUGGUGCUAUGAAUGAGAAAAAAGGUGCUCAUGUUGCCCUUUUUUGGCGGUCGCCCUACCUCGCUCUGCCCAAAUGCAUUACUGAUCAAAAGCUAUAUUUGUGAAUUGCUAGAUGUUUGAAAUGUUGUAGUUUUGUUGAUGUAAAUAAUAAAAAGUGUGACUUUAUAGUUGGUAGUAUAUUCCAUUUUAGUAUAAGAAAUGUUUUAAAUACAAUUUUAUGUACAUUUCUGUUACAAAUUAUAUUAUUUAAUGCAUUAUUUUAAAGCGUUCAACCCUGCAAUAGGCCAGCAUAGGUGUAGUUUUCUGAGAAAUACAAUUUACAUACAUAAUUAAAUAUAUUUUUGUACAUAU